AUGUCUCUGGUUAAUCCUUAUCCCAGUUUUGAACUUGGUAAAGAUGCAGCUGGAAUUGCUGGUAACAUCUUUGCAUUUGGGUUAUUUGUAUCCCCAAUACCUACAUUUAGGAGAAUUAUCACAAAUGGGUCAACGGAAUUGUUCUCAGGAUUACCAUAUAUUUAUUCUCUAUUGAAUUGCUUGAUUUGCUUGUGGUAUGGAACUCCUCUUAUAUCAAUUGAUAAUCUCUUGGUUACCACUGUUAAUUCAAUUGGAGCAGCUUUUCAGCUUGUGUAUAUUCUCUUAUUCUUAAUCUAUGCUGAGAAACCAAGAAAGGUGAGAAUGUUUGGAUUAUUGCUGGCAGUUUUUGGCAUAUUUGUUGUCAUACUAGUUGGGAGCUUGAAAAUAAGUGAUAGUUCUAUGCGCCGAAUGUUUGUCGGAUGCUUGAGUUGUGCUUCUCUAAUUUCAAUGUUUGCCUCUCCGUUGUUUAUCAUUAAUUUGGUCAUUCGCACGAAGAGUGUUGAGUUUAUGCCGUUUUAUCUUUCGCUUUCAACCUUCUUAAUGAGCGUGUCCUUCUUUCUUUAUGGAUUACUAAGUGAUGACGUCUUCAUUUAUCUACCAAACGGGAUAGGUACCGGUUUGGCAAUGAUACAAUUGGUAUUAUACUUCUAUUUCAAGAGUUCAUCUUGCGAUGACUCAAGAGAACCCUUGAUUGUUUCAUAUAGAUAA